AGGUUCCCUGAAUCACUCACCAUCUGCGGGGAGGGGAGGGGCGUAAAGAAGAAGAAGGGAGGAAGCGUUCGCCUGCGUCUUGCCACUACCGGAAGUGCGCCGGAGAUCUUAGCUGGGGCACAAAGGAGAAGAAUGUUGUGAGAGGGACUACGCGAGAGAAGAGGGGGGCCAGGAAGGAAUAAUGACUUGGAAAAGGCCUUAUUGGUGGCUAAAGUGUUGUCUGUGGCUGCAUGAUGGAAGGUAACGAGACGGGAAACCUGUGCAGUAAAUCCGUUGGAUGGCUUCAGAAGCAAGAUAAAAAUGUGGAACCGUGGUUGUGGAAGCUCUCAAACUGCUUCUCUACACUUGGUCAGCCUUUACCUUCUACAGGUGGAAACCUGAAAGAUUACAUGGAGCAUCCAAACACAAAAGUGGAACUAAAGGAUAUUCCUCCUCCCCCACCCCCACUUAAGCCUUGUACAAAUAUUUUCCCUACAGUGCCCCUUCCUAAAAUCCCACCACCAAAACUACCAGAAGUUCAACAUCAAACAGUCCCAAAAGUAAGCUGCUGUGUGCUCUGUUCCAGUAGUAGCUCUUGUGCACCAGAUAUUCGGUGCAGUGGUGGUGGUUUUAUUCAUCCCAACACAAUCUUAGAUAACAGUACAGUUACCUGCCAGGUAGCCCCACGGUUGUCAUUUGCACCUGAAAGUCCUUUUAAAAAAGCUUCUAGUACAAACACCUUUGUCCCUCACUCAGCUGGUUUCUCCAGCCUUUGUUUAGAAAGUCGCCUGUCCCCAUGCCAGUGUCGCUCUCAGCCAGCACCUUGCUACCCUAAAGUUCAUUUGAAUCCUUUUCACGGUGACCACCCCAAAUUUCAGGUUCCUACACUUGGCACAUCUCCUAGCUACUUCACCAGUGGGCUACCCCAGCACCUAGAAAACCACCUAGCACAGUCUGAGUACCUGUCACAUUUCUGCACAAGUUCUCUGCAUCUAAAAGCACCACCUUCUGUCUUUCUCAAAGGCCCUCACUUCUGUGAUGUUUGCUUUGAAGAGCCGUCUAACAAUAAAGUCACUGAUUCACAUAAGAUUUGGCCAAAUAUCCCUCCACCAAACAUGAAGAGUGCUGCCAUCCCUAUAUGCAAUGGUUGUGGAACACAAGAGACUGUGAAGGAGGCUGCCCUCUUACUUGCAAAGAAUCUCUGUAAAGCAUCACAGAAAUAUGGAUCCCCAGAUAUGGCUACAGGUCAGGUGCAGGAAAAUCUUCCACCUAUAGGUGUGUUUUGGGACAUUGAAAAUUGCUCUGUUCCCAGUGGGCGCUCUGCAGUGACGGUAGUCAAGCGAAUCCGAGAGAGGCUGUUCAAAGGACACAGAGAGGCAGAAUUCAUAUGUGUUUGUGACAUCAGUAAAGAAAACAAAGAAGUUAUUGAGGAACUUAAUAAUUGUCAGGUAACCGUUGCUCACAUUAACGCUACAGCAAAAAAUGCUGCAGAUGACAAACUCCGACAGAGUCUGAGAAGGUUUGCAGACACACACACUGCUCCUGCCACAGUUGUUCUGGUUUCAACUGAUGUCAAUUUUGCUCUGGAGAUAAGUGACCUGAGACACAGGCACAGAUUCCAUAUCAUACUAGUUCACAAGAACCAGGCAUCUGAAGCACUUCUUCAUCAUGCACAUGAGCUCAUCCACUUUGAAGCAUUUAUUUCAGAUCUUCCUCCUAGGUUACCUAUUAAAACCCAGCAGUGCCAAACACUUCUAUAUGCGUACAACUUGCCAACAAAUAGAGAUGCGAAGAGUAUCAGCAACCGUCUCCGACGUUUGUCAGAUAACUGUGGAGGAAAAGUUAUGAGCAUAUCUGGCACCAGUGCAAUCCUCCGCUUUGCAAACCAAGAGAGUGCUGAACGAGCCCAGAAACGCAUGGAGAAUGAGGAUGUGUUUGGCAACCGGAUUACAGUGUCUUUCACUCCUAGAAACAAGGAGGUUACUGAAGCAAAGAACAGCUCUGUCAGUACUGAGAAAGCCAGGUCUCCUAAAAAAGUUAACAAGAACACCAAAUUGUGUCUCGCCAUCAAAGAUCAAAAUGACUCUCCAUUUAAGACCCAAGUUGCUUCCAAGUCUACAUGGGGAUCUGUCGGCAAAAACUCAAAUGUUAAGAGUUUGAAGGAAUUGUGCCAGAUGCAGUCUAAGUCAAAUAAAAAUGGGCAGCAGGAGAAAGACAAAAAAAGAAGUGGAGACAAGCAGGAGACUUUAUCCCAAAGCAACCCUCUCUGUCCAAACCAGAUGCCCCAGACAGCUAAAAAUGGUGGAACAGACAACACCGCUUUUAAAAGCUUUCAGAAGAGGGAUGACCUUACACGCAAAGGCAAUGCAGAUUCCCCAAAAGAGCAGAAAAAGGAAAAGGAAGAUGUUGCUUUUCAAAUUAGUAACCCGUCUGCCUUCAGCAAAAUAACAGACUCCAGGCAACCUAGUCCUUUUUGUUCAUCACAGAGUGGCUGGUCAUCAAGGAGUUUGUCUCCAAGCCUCUCAAACUGCUCUUCACCCAUAGCUGCUAAUCAGACUGGUGCUGCCGAUAAUUCCGUUGACCCUUUUGCAAAUGGUGCUGACAUUCAGAUUGGAAAUCUGGACUAUCGAAUGUCCAGGAAAGAGCUCCAGCAAACCUUGCAUGACAUAUUUUCCAGGCAUGGAAAGAUAAAGAAUGUUGAACUCAGUCCUCAUACAGACUAUCAAUUGAAAUCCGCUGUUCAGAUGGAAAACCUCCAGGAAGCAAUCUGUGCAGUUAAUAGUCUACACAGAUACAAAAUUGGGAGUAAGAGAAUUCAAGUGUCUCUGGCAACAGGAGCAACAAAUAAAUCUCUUUCUCUGCUAAGCUUUGGAACAGUUUCCAUCCUCAAAGAUGCUCCAGCAUGCUGCCUCCCUUUGUUUAAGUUUACAGAAAUCUACGAAAAGAAGUUUGGACACAAGCUAAUUGUGUCAGAUCUAUACAGAUUAACCGACACGGUUACUAUACGUGACCAAGGAAAUGGGCGAUUGGUUUGUCUGCUGCAAGGUGUUCAAGCAAGACAAAGUCCAUUGGGAUCAUCUCAGUCACAUGAUGGCUCCUCCGCUAACUGCAGUCCUAUUGUAUUUGAAGAGCUUGAAUAUCAUGAGCCUAUAUGUAGACGGCAUUGCACUAAUAAAAAGUUCAGUGGUCAUGAUUUUGAUCCGGACACCUACGUAAUUCCUUUUGUGAUCGUCUCUCUGAAGACUUUUGCUCCCCAAGUUCAUAGCCUUUUGCAGACCCACGAGGGAAUGGUUCCAUUGUUGAGUUUCCCUGACUGCUAUGCUGCAGAGUUCAGUGCAUUAGAAGAAGUGCCAGAAGGACAAGGUGGAGUCCCUCUAGAGCACCUGAUAACCUGUAUUCCUGGGGUUAACAUUGCAACUGCUCAAAAUGGAAUAAAGGUUGUCAAGUGGAUACACAACAAGCCACCACCUCCAAAUUCUGAUCCUUGGUUAUUGAGGUCCAAGAGCCCUGUCGGUAACCCACAGUUGAUUCAGUUCAGCAGAGAAGUGAUUGAUUUGAUGAAGAAUCAACCAUCAUGUAUUAUGCCAGUCACUAAAUUCAUCCCGACAUACCACCAUCACUUUGCAAAGCAGUGCCGUGUGUCUGAUUAUGGAUACUCCAAACUUUUAGAGCUGCUGGAGGCUGUGCCUCAUGUUCUGCAGAUUCUUGGCAUGGGUUCAAAACGCUUGUUAACCCUGACUCACAGAGCCCAGGUGAAACGCUUCACUCAAGAUCUCCUAAAGCUUCUCAAGUCUCAGGCCAGCAAGCAAGUUAUUGUAAGAGAGUUCUCACAAGCUUAUCACUGGUGUUUCUCAAGAGACUGGGAUGUAACAGAAUAUGGUGUUUGUGAUCUGGUUGACAUUGUAUCAGAAAUACCUGAUACCACAAUAUGUAUUUUGCAGCAAGACAGCGAGAGUGUAAUCUCGAUUCCAAAAAGAGAACGUACUCCUGAGGAGGUUGAAAGGACAAAGCAGUUUUCCAAAGAAGUGGUUGACUUGGUUAGACAUCAGCCCCAUUUCAGAAUGCCUUUUAAUAAGUUUAUUCCAUCCUAUCAUCACCACUUUGGUCGUCAGUGCAAACUCACUUAUUAUGGGUUUACCAAACUGCUUGACCUAUUUGAAGCCAUACCAGAUGUUUUGCAAGUCUUAGAGUGUGGUGAGGAAAAGAUUUUGGCUUUGACAGAAAUGGAGCGUAUCAAAGCCUUAGCAUCCCAGCUUGUUAAACUUCUGCGUUCUCAAAAAGACUCCUCCAUUAUUAUGCCUGACUUGCUUACGGAGUAUAGCAAGACAUUUGGUUACAGUCUGAGGCUCCACGACUAUGAUGUCAGCUCCGUGCCUGCGCUGAUGCAGAAACUCUGCCAUGUUGUUAAGGUUAUGGAUACAGCCUCGGGAAAACAAAUUCAGCUGAUCAACAGGAAGUCCUUGCGUUCAUUAACUGCCCAGCUUUUGAUACUGCUGAUGUCCUGGGAUGCAUCUUCAUCCCUCACUGUUGAGCAGCUCUGCCAGGUCUAUCAAUCUGUCCAUGGCAUUUCUCUUAAUCCAUGUGAAUAUGGGUUUGUGUCCUUGACAGAACUUUUGAAAAGCCUUCCAUAUUUGGUUGAGGUACAUACAAACGAUUUGUGUGAAGACGCUGUACAGUUAACCUCCUUGUAUGUAUUCGCAAAGAAUGUUCGUUCUUUGCUGCACACGUAUCACUAUCAACAAAUUUUUUUCCAUGAAUUCCCCACUGCAUACAGCAAAUAUGUUGGAGAGGCACUUCAGCCCAAACAGUAUGGUUACAGUAGUCUAGAGGAGAUAUUGGGAGCCAUUCCUCAGGUUGUUUGGAUAAAAGGACAUGGACACAAGAGAAUUGUGGUGCUGAAGAAUGAUAUGAAGGCCUGUCACCAAAUGGACAAAGAGGUGCUUUGUCUAACUUCUGCCAUGGAUCUAUUGUGUGGACCUGUUCCUUCCUGCCUCCCAUCCCCUCAGCUGCACCCCGAUCCAGUAGUAACACAGUCAGCAGACCUCAUCCAGUUUGAGGAACAUUCUCCUCUCUCAGAGCUGAUGCAGACAGAAGAAACUCAACACAACUCUAUGUGUAAUGGGACACAGUCUUGUGAAGUUCCUACUUCUGCAAACCGUGAGAAGUCUUCUGAGCCUUCCACCCAUAGUAUUUAUCCGCAAGAGUCCAUGUCUACCAAGGAAUUGCCAGAAAGCCCAGUUAAGAGGCAACACAGAAAUAGAGUGAAACUGGCAGCAAAUUUUUCAUUUGCACCUGUAACCAAACUUUAAUUUUUUUUUCAAUGUUUUGGCGUGGAAACCUAAACAAGGGCACACAGUGUAUUGGUUAAAUUUCUUUUUUUUUUUUUAAAAAAAAAAAAAAAGCAUUACUUCUUUUGAAAUAAUGCCCUCUUCAAGAUCUUGCUUCCCAUGGGCUUAAUCCCGAUAUUACCAGGCUAGUUCAAAAGCAUUUGUUUUUGUAAUAUUAAGAAAUAAUUCUGAGAUCCCUUAUUGCAGGUUUUAGCAAAUGUUUAGCAAUGAUACAUGCAACUGUUCAAUUCAUUUUCAGUUUUAUUUCCUGCAGGCCUCAUCAGUGUUGUAAUCCUAUUUGUGUUUAUUGAGCUCUUUACAGACCCCUUGUCAGACAGCGUUACCUGAAGCCUGAUCUGUCUGUAGCAUGACACAUACUCCGUCUCCAUCCAGUGUCUCGUCUGUUUUAGGAUUUCUGUAGACCAAGCCCGUCUUCUUUCGGAACAACUUAUUUAAGGCAAUACGCCCAAUAUUUUGAAUUCAAAGUUGUAAUAUGGCACUAAGGGUUGAAUGUUAUGAUGCUGUUUUGAAAAUGGUACCGACUUUGCUUGUGCAAGUGUAAUGGUUGUUACUUUGACUAUUUCAGGUGACUUGUACGGUCCAUGCACGUUAUUGUCUAUACAGAUCUGUGUCUGGGAAUCUAGUUUUUGCCCAGUUUUAACAUAUUAAAGAAAUUUUUUUUUUUUCUUUUUUUUUUUUUUGUUUUGCACCCAAGAUCUGUUAAGACGCAAGUCAUGGCACUGCUUCUUGCAUGAUGUACACCAGUUUAAACAAAACCCAAACACAUAUUUUGAAUUUGGCACUUGAGCAGAAAAUACUUGACUGUGUCUUGGAGAGUCGAACACUUCAAACAAAGGAAAGUUUUCCUGUUUACAGUAAUAUGCAUCGAGAUGCAUAAAUCACGGAUACCGGAGCCAUAUAGUCAUUGUAGUGGUAUUCGCUUAUGUAGAUGCCAUUUCCACUGAAAAGGAAGUGUCGUCUAUGAGUGGAAAAGCCAUGGUUGUUCCCUUUAACCUUGGCCUUUUAUAAAAAAAAAAAAUUAAAAAAAAAAUGCUUAGCAAAUGGACAAAGGUAGCUGGUGGGAUGGCAUAUUGUCUUGUCUUUUAACUGUCUGGUUUUUAUUGGAAAAGCAUCCCUUGGGUUUUUUGAAAGAAAGUAUUAGUUUUGGAGUUAAGUCUGGCUUUUGGGAAAAGGCCACACGUGACACCAGGAAAAACCAAUGGGAUUGCCUGUUUGACUGAUUUUUGGUGUUAUAGGACAGAAGGCCACCUACUCCUUCUGGAUUAACCUGCCAUUUACAAUGGAUUGUAUUUGUCAGGCAAGUGAUGGUUUCUUGUAGAACUUACUUAUAAAGGGUUCUAUAUUUGUAUUGUGUUUUUUGGGUUCUUUGCAAUAUGCUAGAAAGACAGAACAUGGACUCCGGUUCCUAAGCCAUUUCAAUGAAAUGCUUUUACAUAAUGGCUUUUUGAAUUCAUUUUACCUCUUGAAUUUUGCACAAGGAAGGAUCUUUUUAAACAUGGCCUCUUCAGCCUGAUAGUUGUAACGACUGUGUAGACACAGGACAAAUUCAGGAGAGGCUUCUUUCUGCACAUAUAGUCUCACAAAAGCAUUACCUCUACGGACAUGGUGUAGGUUUCUGAGCAUUUUGUUUUAGACUUCUUUUUAAAACUUAAUUGAAAAGAGAACAGCUUUGUAACCCUAUGCUAGGACUUAUUCUGUAAGGAGAGUCAUCACGUAAGUGUGCAAUGCUAAUUUUUUCCUAUUUUUAUUGCAAGUACCUGCAGGUCACCUGAAAUAUAUUUCUUGUUCUCCAAAGUGGCAAAACAACUCUUCAGCAUGGAGGUUAUACUUGUUAUGGUCAACGUAGAUUUUACUUUUUGUCCUCCCAAAAUCAUUUUGUAACCAGCUCAAGGCGGAAAUCUUUGUUCUGUAUGGAUGUUGGGAAACGUCCUCUUAAAAAAUGGGCAUAAAGAUCGUUGUUGUUUUUUUAAGACUGAGGAACUGAAGAAUUAUGAGGCUAUUUAAAACUUUCUUUGAAAACCAUAAAACUUUAAUUUGGGACUAAAAUAAAAAUGGAAAAGUUGAUGUUCACCAACCCUUUCGGAGGCUUUUGAAGUUGUCGGGGCUUAAAUUAUGCACUGUUCCUUUCUGUUCAUUUAAAGUCUCAAGUGUCUUGGGACCAAAUUGUGUGUCAAUAAAACUUGAAGCAUU